CUCGAUCACGCCCUCGGCCAAGUCCGUUCCUCGUCAUCAUCCGCCAUCUCUUUCACCCUCCAUUUCUCCCCCUUCCAGCCAAGCCCCAAUCGCGAGGCCACAAUCCCAGAUCGUGCCGCACAUGCCCUCCACCACCAGCACAAUGACAACGCAGCCGCUCAGCAGCUCUUUCAGGCACACAUGCUCUCCCUGGCUGAACCGCUAAACAUCCCCCUUGGCUUCACAGGGCCGACGGGUAACUCCUUUCCCGCUCACCGGGUCAUCCAGCAGGUUCAGGAGGCCUACGGCACAGACAUUGCAAAUAAGCUUGUGGAUGCAGUUUUUAGACUGUAUUUUGCUGAGGUGAGACAUCCUGGUGAGGAUGAGAUGUUGAUCGAGGCUUGUGUUGAAGCUGGAGUGGAUGAGAAGGAGGCCAAGAGUCUCGUGGAGGACAAGGAGAAAGGGGAGAGAGACACUAAAGAGAAGAUUAGAAGUAUAGGGAUGGAUAUUGAUUCGGUGCCGACUGUGAUUAUAGAAGGGCGUAGGAGGGACUUGACUCUGACAGGGCUUAAAGAAGUCGCCGACUAUGUCAAGGCAUUCGGGACCAUCACCAAGGAGAGCACUUAG